GAACCUCUUGUGGUGUACAUUGUCUAUAUUUCGCAAUAACUGUAGCAAGUGAGAAUGAAAAAGAAGCCGAACGAGGCCACAAAACGUACCUACCCGCGUAAAGCCCAUGAGAAUACCACCAAGCCGUAUUUCCGGUACGAGUAAAACCCUUCUUGACCAACUCUUGUAGUGCUUGCAUACUUUUUAGCAACGUAAAUAAAGGAAUUGGCUCAUGUGAUUUUCACCGUAUAUAAAUCAUAGAUAUGAAUUACUACUCUGCGUAAGAGCACACACUUUCGCUCUUUUAAUUUGACGGAAAACUCGUCUUCGUUCGGUCCGCAGUUAUCUCUCGGUAACUUGAAAAAAACUGUCGCCGCCAUAACUUUGGUCAAAGAGGAAUAUUAUUGUCCGCAGGAUUACAUCAAGGUACUCCCGUGGUGAUGGUGUGGCGGUGGAGGAACUACCAAGCAUCGUACGUGUUUGCCCGGUGGAACUUAACUGGGGACGCGGUUUGAAACAUGCCUCGACCCGCUCGGAGCAGACUGUCUCCGUGGAUAGAGAGCCUGAUCCUGAGCUAUGGCGGGCAGGAGGGCGGCAGCAGCAGUGGGCGGCUGAAGGCUCAUGUCAUCGGGGUGGGUCAGAUGUCACAGUCCCAGGCUCAGGGCUCUGAGAGCCCCACGGGGCUGCUCUUCCUGUCCGACGGGUUGCUCCAGAUCCCCGCCAUUCUCACUGCAUCAGCCUGGGAGCAUCUCCAGGAGCAGGAGGACCGCGAGAGCUUCGCCAGUCUCGUCAACACCACGGUGUGCAUUCAGGACUACCAGCUGCAGUUUCACAUGGCCCACGAACAGACUAAAUGCAGAUUCUUCUUAUCAGUUGGAGAGCUGGCCACGACUGCAGCCGGCCCGGUUAAAGACAACACCCCUUGCUGCACGACACUGCCCUCAGUCAGGCAGAAGAUCUGCAAGACAUGGAGGGUCCUGCUGGGUCAGGAGGUGCAGGAUUCUCAGGCGAGCCAGUGUGGCUUUGAUCUGUCGGAGCUGCUCGGGGAGUGGCAGCAUGACUGUUUGCAGGCCGUUCUGGAGGACAUCAGGGAGAGGCUGAUGGUGGCGAGCAGCCGCCCCGUGAGCCCGCAGCCCUCCACCUCAGCUUCCACCUCAUUGCCGACCCAUCCAGACACAUCCGCCGCCACGGGCUGGGAUGCUGACAGGGUCAGAUAUAAAGGAGUGAAAUGUUUCAGUGUCCCCGUGAAGUGUCUUCUCAUCCCAGAGGAAGAUGCUCAGCAGCUGCCAACACCAUCGAAUGUUGGAAGCCGGACGCCAAGUGGGCUUACUGCUGCCUCUGAGGACAGAAAGGGAGAUUUACUACGAGUCUGCAAAUCUUCAGAGACCACGCAGCCUUCUGUUGAUGAUGUAGAGUGGCGCAUAGCCGAGCCGGCAGUCUUAGAGAGAGACCGCGACGCCAAUGAAAACCCACCUUUUCCUGUGGAGGAUGCCAUGCUACAUGAGGACAGGAUCACAUGGAUUAUUGACAGCAGCAUUAGACCUUUAUCCAACCCUUGGGACAUUUUUCCUCCACCGGAUGACACCUCCUCAUCCUGCGAUGCAUCCCCAGAAGCAACACCAACUAACUCCCUGUCCAAUCCCACCGCCACUGAAUCCAAACCUGACCAUGCUGCUAUCAUAACCAGCACGCAACUUCCCGUCGACAGCUCGAAGGAAUCCCAGCCGACAUCAGAGCACAGCAAAGGAGAGCACAGCUGCCUCCCGCCCUACCAGAAACCGCCACACUCAACUGCCGGCUCUCCACCUUCAGCUUCUGUGAGUCCGCCAGAACUCUUUACCAGGCAGUCAAACCCGUCGCCUGCCACAGACGAGCAGCACCCAGACACGGCACAACAGAACCUGGUUCUGGAGCAAGAAAGACAGAUUCUGGAGGACAUGGAGGAAAGUGCUGGAAUAACUCAUAGAAAGGCAAAGAGGAAGAGAAGUGAGCCCACACCAGAAGCACAAACCAACUCAGUGGACGAGGAAGAGGAGGAAGCUCAGAUGAGUGGGAGUCCUCCAUCUUGGCUCUUCGACACCCAGGCAGGCUCCAGUUCCAAGGAGGGCAGCAGUCACCAACAGGGUCAGACUGUUGGGACUGUGCUGAGAAAGACCCCCACCGUUCACAGCGACGGCAGGCAGUUCUCGUACUCUUACCAAGCGUCUGGACAGAAUCUGCAGGAUUUCAGUCAGUUCAGAGUAACUGAGUCCUGGCUGCACUGGGCCGUGAAGUAUCUGGUUGUUCCGAAGCAGACGGAUGAUCCACACAACACGUCCGUCACCUCCAAUCGAACGUCAUCUGACAGGGCCGAGGUCACCUCACGCCAGUUUCAGAAUGUUGGAUGAGAGUUCAGCUGAUAGUGUUUCAGGUGUUUUCAUCCUGUUGGAUGUUACAGUCUCCUCUGACACGGUAACAUAACUGUGUAGUCUAGUCUGUUUUGUAUUGUACGGGUAAAAAGUAAAAUGUUUAUGUUUUAAGAAUAUAUUGGUACAUGCUCACUGUGAAACAUUUUAAAUAAAUAAAUAAAAACAAUUUGCUUUGCUC